AUGCAUCAGUUAUACAGAAAGUUGCUCAGAGAGUGGAGACGGCUUUCGCAUGACAAAUGUUCUCAAUAUUGUAUCAAACCACAAGAAUCGAAUUUACAAUUCUGGAAUAUGGUGUUGCACGAUGAAAGAUGGGACUUGGAGCUCUAUUGUGUUGUUUUUAUUAGUCAUAAACAAACAAGUGAAUAUGAACCAAUAAUUUUAUUAAGCUGUUUGACUCCAAACCCUUGCAUACCAAUAAACAAGGCUAUUUGUUUGAACCACUUAUCUCCAGUUCUGCUUAACUAUGGGCUAGUUUCAUUUUAUGAGCACCUACUAUCUUCAAUAUUUGAACGGUGCAGCGGUAUUUUGGACUCUCACAGAAGGUUGGCAUUAGCAUGGAAUCGUCUCAUGAUCAAAGAUUUCAAACACAAUUUCCCAACAUUGUUUUCUACCUUUUCUGUAACCCAAAUGGAUGCAGAACUCGUAAAUGACUAUGUUCAAUCACAAACUAUUAGCAUUAAAAAAAACGGACCUAACUCGAAGAGUAACGCUGAAAACUCACGCUUUGUCAAUACCACCACAGAACAACCCAUUAUGAAUAUGAACUCACAGGAAGGCUGUACGGAACAGCUAUUUAUGACUAAAAGGCAACGAAUCGGUGUUAGUUCGUAUAUAAACGUCAACCCCGUUCCUGAACCAAAUGACAACGCUCUUGAAAACUUUGAAAAUUGUUACAAUCUAGAAGAUAGGAAACGUAAAAUUUGA